AUGACCUCGGAACCUGAAGCAAGCAAGUUAGAUUAUCGUUCAGGCUGGCAGCACCAACACGAAGAGGAGGCAGGAAAGCUUGAACAAGAAGAAGCAGAAGAUGCGAAUGAAGAGGAGACGAGAUGCAUUCUGGCAGAAACUACGUGUGAGCAGGGCACAAAAAUAGAACAGCCGAAGCGACCGACAGCAACAGCUACAACUACAGCUACAGCUACAGCAGCUAUGCAGAGCACAUUAAUGGCAGAAGCAAAACGGAGCAUUGCGUAUCCCAAAAAACGCAUGCCCAACGGCCAAGCUGCUCCUCGAACAAGUUUACGCACAAGCAGACAGCAAAACCAACAAGAAGGGCAACGGAAAAAAGCAGAUGCCAGCACUAAUGGGGCAAACUUGCAAUUGGUACACGAUUCACUCUUGGCACAUGAAAAGAGACAGGUGGUCUUUCCAAAAUGCAAGACAUCUAGUAGAAAUCAACUUGGCUCGGGUUCCAUCCUACACGACGAUGCAAAGUCAGGAAUCCACUAUCCAAGGAGUAGCAAACGUGCAAUAGUAGCAUCUGAUCCUUCAACCGACGCAGACAACAAGGGAACCAUGUUGGAUGCAGAAGGCGAUUAUCCCCCAGGUGCCUACUCGAGUGCUCCUGGUAUGGAACUCAAGAGAAUGAAUCAUCCUAGUUAUACUCUCAGGAGUGUGGCUGCAUUUGUACAGCCAAUGGAAGACUUGAGUGAUGAUGGAGGUGAAGCAGACGAUGACAGUCCCAUGCCGGCAUCUGUUCAUUCCACAGCUGAAAGUACCAGUACCCGUGAGACUAGUCCCAAGAGUCACGUUCGUUUCUUUUUCUUUUCCAAGAGUCAUGUUCGUCUGAAUAUCUCCCACAAUGCAGGAAAUCACAACUUUGAUGAAGCAGAUCAUCAUGAGAUUAUGCCCAUGCCAACCAGUCUGCAAAGAGAGAUUCGCAUCAGGAGACAAUUGCUACCAGGGGCCUUCGCAGAAGGAAACAAUCUAGCAGAUGAGCAAUCCCUUCCUUGGACCACCUUGGAGGAAUCAACAAGGAGUCAGCAUGGCCCAAUGCAGGGCUUAGCGGUGGCCCAAAUGGUUUCAGACGAUCCAGAGGAACUGCAAAAUGCGGCGGAAUUUGAUGCGGACACCUCUCGAAGGCAGAAAGAAAAGUCAAGGAAACAAUUCAUGACCAAAAUUCUUCUUAGCAUUAUUGCCUUCAUUGCAAUACUGAUGAUUUUGAUCACUAUUCUCAUUCCCGGCAAAGAAUCUGCUGAAGCCACCUCACCACCAAAAUCUGCCAACCCAAGCAGCAUGCCAUCACAAAUGCCCACUACUUUUGAAGGAUACUUGAUGUCUCUCUUGCCAGAGCACUCUGAACUAGCCAUCGACAAAAUUCCUGAUUCCCCACAAUCCAAGGCUUGGCAGUGGCUGCUGAAAGAUUCGUCACUCCCAAACCAUUCAAAGGCAAGAAUCAAGCAACAGUUUGCACUUGCCACUCUGUAUUUUGCAACUGGUGGGGACAGCUGGAACAACAACGACAACUGGCUGGAUCAUGGCAUCCAUGAGUGCAACUGGUACAACAAUCCACAGAUUAGCUUAAAGUCAACCAUCUCCCACUUCUAUCCAGGGUUUCUGGCUGGCUACAUGGAACCAUCACCGCUUGGUCAUUGUGACAAGGAUGGGAUGUACCAACACUUGUGGUUGGAUCAGAAUAAUCUGGUGGGGUCACUGCCACAGGAAUUCUAUCUGCUAACUACACUGGAGUCAUUUUCACUGGGGUUUAAUUCCCUCCAAGGUCAGAUAUCCACUCUUGUUGGAGAGCUGACAGCACUUGGUGGGCUCUUCCUUUCAACAGAUGGCGGAACCAUUCCAACUGAAAUUGGGUCGCUGAGCAACCUUGAAAUCUUCAACCUCUGGAACUGCAACCUUCAAGGGACCAUCCCAACUGAACUUUGGCAACUGACCAAGCUGGAUACACUAUCCAUAAGCCAUAACUACGAGCUUCAAGGCACAAUCCCAACUGUAAUUGGGGCUUUGUCAGCGUUGAGAUGGCUUGUCAUUGACCAGUGUGAUCUGUUUGGAACAAUCCCUACCCAGAUAGGCCUACUGCAGAAUCUUGAAUGGCUGACUGCAGCUGGGAACCGCCAACUGUCAGGCACACUUCCAUCGGAGCUGGGGCAACUUUCAAACAUUCUGGUGACUACAAUCUUUGACAACUCACUUGUUGGGACCCUCCCAUCAGAAUUGGGAAUGAUGACAACGUUAAAUGGAAUUUCACUGUGGGGGAAUCUGUUGGUUGGCCAAGUUCCAAGUGAGCUUGGUCUCCUUACACAAAUGACAAUUUCUCUCAACUUUCACAGCAACUCUUUCUCUGGGACGAUUCCAACAGAGCUCGGGCUCCUUUCUUUGCUCCAUGAACUUGAAUUUCAAGGAAAUAAAUUUACGGGUCGUAUCCCGAGCGAGUUUGGCCAGCUCUCCUCUAUUGGCCAUCUCACAUUUGCCAACAACUCUCUUUCUGGCCAACUCCCAACAGAGCUUGCUGCUCUUCAGACAACACUUCAUACACUGACAUUGGAAGGAAACUUAUUUUUGUCUGGGACUAUCCCUGAGGAAAUAUGCAUUCUGAAUGGCACUUGCAUCAGCAGUGGUAUGGAUACAUGCAACCCAGUACAGGGGUUGUUCUUUGAAUGUUCCGAUCUGUUGUGUGGCUGCGGCUGUCAUUGUUAG